UCACAACUUUGGAAAGUGGGUGAGGUGGAGCCUUGGGAUCAGCUUGUAGGACUGUGUCUCUGGGUUUAAGGAGCCCUGACCAGCUCCGGUGUUACAGACACAGAGAGAGGGGCUGGUGCUAAGAAAUGGAUCCCUUCCCAAGUUCAUCCUUUUUGAAAGCAAUUUGAUAUGUUUGACUCUUUUAUUUGCUUGCUUUCUCUUUGAAAGCUUCCGCGUCGGCAGGAGGUAGGUAAAGCAAGCAGCUGUUUCCUCUGGAGUUAAUUGGGGUUCCCCAAGCCUAGAUGCUCUGCUUUUCUGCUUUACUCCUUCACGGUUUGUAGCACUGAAACAUUUUAUUUUUAAGGCUCCUACUACACUCUCCCUCCCUACAGGAAACAGAAUAUAAAAAAAGAAAAAGGGGAGGAAAAGAAAAAAAAAAAAGGGAGUUGGCAAGGAGCCAAGCCCAGUGACUGAAGUGAGAAGUAGGGAACUUGGAGUAAGUGUAGUUGCCGGGACAUUGUAUGUCAGAGCGAGUCAGCGGCGGAUUUUAAGGCGUCGGAGAGGACACGCGAUGCCCAUCGCACGGCGCAGAUAAGGUUUGCGGCCGUAGGUGAAUGUCCUGGCUCUGCGACUGCGAGCGAAGCCGUCGGUCUGGGGAGGGGAUAAAGCUGCGUGUAAAUGAGAAGAGAGGAGUGUACCGGAGUGCUAUGGAGGGCAGCAACUUUGUUGCUGUGACUUUUACAAGCCUUCAAGGAAGUUCCAUGGAGUUGGACUAAAAUAAAAUUUUGGGAUGUCUCUAUUUGGAUUAAAAUUUGGAAAGAAGAAAUUGAAAGAGGAAGAGAGACAACUUCAAGCAAACAACCGGGAUUUUAAUCUGCAGUUUGAAUAUGCUAACAAUUCAAUUAAAACAUCGAAAUACAAUUUCUUCACUUUCCUGCCUCUCAACCUGUUUGAGCAGUUUCAGCGAAUAGCCAAUGCUUACUUCCUUUUCUUGCUGAUUUUGCAGUUGAUUCCUCAGAUUUCCUCACUGGCCUGGUUUACAACAGUGGUGCCCCUGGUGCUGGUGCUGGCUGUAUCAGGAGUCAAGGAUGCCAUUGAUGAUUUUAACCGACACAAAAGCGACAAACACGUCAACAACCGCCCAGUCCAGGUCCUGAUCAAUGGCAUGUUAAAGGAGCAAAAAUGGAUGAAUGUCCAAGUGGGGGAUAUAAUAAAACUAGAAAACAACAACUUUGUGACAGCUGAUCUCCUGUUGCUGUCGAGCAGUGAGCCACACAGCCUUACGUACAUCGAGACAGCUGAGCUGGACGGUGAAACAAACCUGAAGGUGAAGCAGGCACUGACAGUCACUGCAGAGCUUGGAGAAGACCUUCAGAAGCUGACAGAGUUCAAUGGAGAAAUCAGAUGUGAGGCACCAAACAACAAACUGGAUAAAUUCACAGGAACUCUUACUCUUCGGGGAGAGAAAUAUGCCUUGGACAAUGAGAAGAUGUUGCUGAGGGGCUGUACUAUCAGGAACACAGAGUGGUGCUUUGGGCUCGUUAUUUAUGCUGGGCCAGACACGAAACUGAUGCAGAACAGCGGAAAAACAACUUUUAAGCGAACUAGCAUUGAUCGGCUCAUGAAUGUCCUUGUGCUGGUGAUCUUUGCAUUUUUAGCACUGAUGUGUCUCAUCCUAGCCAUUGGCAAUGGUAUCUGGGAGCAUGAUAAGGGCUACUACUUCCAGGUCUAUCUGCCCUGGGCAGAGGGCGUCAAUUCUGCCUCCUACUCUGGCUUCCUCAUGUUCUGGUCAUACGUGAUCAUUCUAAACACAGUGGUACCCAUUUCACUCUACGUCAGUGUGGAGAUUAUACGCUUGGGUAACAGUUUCUACAUCGACUGGGACCGUAAGAUGUAUUACCCUGUGAAUGACACGCCAGCUCAGGCCCGAACCACCACACUCAACGAAGAGCUGGGGCAGAUCAAGUACAUCUUCUCAGACAAAACAGGAACUCUCACCCAGAACAUCAUGUGUUUCAACAAGUGCUCCAUCAAUGGCAAAUCCUAUGGUGAUGUGUAUGAUAUGUCUGGGCAAAGGAUAGAAAUAAAUGAGAACACACAGAAGGUUGACUUCUCCUACAACCCUUUAGCCGACCCAAAGUUUGCCUUCUAUGACCGCAGCCUGGUUGAAGCUGUGAAGCUGAAUGAUGUCCCGACCCACAGGUUCUUCCGGCUGCUCUCCCUUUGCCACACGGUGAUGCCAGAGGAGAAGAAGGAAGGUAACUUGGUGUAUCAAGCACAAUCUCCUGAUGAGGGAGCCCUAGUCACUGCUGCCAGAAACUUUGGAUUUGUGUUCCGGGCUCGCACACCAGAGACCAUCACUGUUGUGGAAAUGGGAGAAACAAAAGUCUACAAACUUCUGGCUAUUCUUGAUUUCAACAAUGUUCGCAAGCGAAUGUCUGUGAUUGUGCGGAGUCCAGAAGGUGACCUGACUUUGUACUGCAAGGGGGCUGACACCAUUCUUUAUGAGCUGCUUCAUCCAUCCUGCAACUCUCUCAAAGAGGAGACCACAGAACACCUGAAUGAGUUUGCUGGGGAAGGCCUGAGGACACUCGUGGUGGCCUAUAAGAGCUUGGAGGAAGACUACUUCCAGGGUUGGAUCAGGCGUCACCACGAAGCAAGCACUGCCUUGGAGGGACGGGAAGACAAACUGUCAGAGCUGUAUGAGGAGAUUGAAAAAGACCUAAUGCUGCUAGGUGCCACAGCCAUAGAGGACAAGCUACAAGAUGGGGUCCCACAGACAAUUGAGACUCUUGCCAAAGCCAACAUCAAGAUAUGGGUUCUCACUGGAGAUAAGCAAGAGACAGCAAUGAAUAUUGGUUACUCCUGCAACUUGCUGAAUGAUGACAUGGAAGAAGUUUUCAUUGUUGAAGGUAGCACAUCUGAUGACGUACUGAAUGAGCUGAGGAAUGCAAGAAAAAAGAUGAAGCCAGACUCCUUUCUGGACAGUGAUGAAAUCAACAUUCAGUUUGAAAAAUCUUCAAAAAAGCAAAUAAUUAUACCUGAUGAGCAAGCAAAUGGGGUGUACGGUCUGGUUAUCACUGGCCACAGCCUGGCUUACGCGCUGGAAGGGAACCUGGAGCUGGAGCUGGUGAGAACAGCCUGCAUGUGCAAAGUGGUGAUCUGCUGCCGGGUGACUCCCCUGCAGAAGGCCCAGGUGGUGGAGCUGGUGAAGAAGUACAAGAAGGCUGUGACCCUGGCGAUCGGAGAUGGAGCCAACGACGUCAGCAUGAUCAAAACUGCCCACAUUGGGGUUGGCAUCAGUGGCCAGGAGGGGAUGCAGGCGGUCCUGUCCAGCGACUUCUCCUUCGCGCAGUUCCGCUACCUGCAGCGCCUGCUCCUGGUCCACGGGCGCUGGUCCUACAUCCGCAUGUGCAAGUUCCUCAAGUACUUCUUCUACAAGAAUUUUGCCUUCACCUUGGUGCAUUUCUGGUAUGGCUUCUUCUCUGGCUUCUCAGCACAGACUGUCUAUGAUGAGUGGUUCAUUACACUUUACAAUUUGGUAUACACCUCUCUCCCAGUGCUAGGAAUGAGUCUCUUUGAUCAGGAUGUGGAUGAUCGCUGGAGCAUGCUGUUCCCUCAGCUGUAUGUGCCUGGCCAGCAAAACCUCUACUUUAACAAGGUGGUGUUUGUCAAGUGCAUGUUGCAAGGGAUCUACAGCUCCCUCAUCCUCUUCUUCAUCCCCUAUGGGGCCAUGUACAAUACAAUGAGGAGUGAUGGGAAGGCCAUUGCUGACUACCAGUCCUUUGCUCUGAUGGCCCAGACCUGCUUACUGAUUGUGGUGUCUGUACAGAUUGGCUUGGACACCUCUUACUGGACAGUUGUCAACCAGUUCUUCAUCUGGGGCAGCCUUUCUGUUUAUUUUGCUAUCACGUUCACCAUGUACAGUGACGGCAUGUACCUGAUCUUCACAGCCUCCUUUCCCUUCAUUGGUACGGCUCGUAACACACUCAGCCAACCCAACGUGUGGCUGGCCAUCUUCCUCAGCAUCGCCCUCUGCGUGCUGCCCGUGGUGGGCUUCCGAUUCCUGAAGGCUCAGUUAAAGCCUACUCCCAGUGACAAAGUGCUACUGAAGAUCAAGGAAGCCAAGAAGAGGCCCCCUCCGCCCUCUCCCAAGCGGCGCCUGCGCCGCACCAGCACGCGCCGCUCCGGCUACGCCUUCUCCCACCAGCACGGCUUCGGAGCCCUCAUCAUGUCCGGGAGGAACAUGAGGCCAAAGUCACCUUUUGCCACAACGGGAACAUUUUCACCCAACAGUGACAAAUAUAAACACAAAGGAUUGUAACGGAGGAGGAGAAAAAAAGGAGAGAAGAAAAAAGACACACCCCCCUUCACCCCCUUUUUCCCCUUAAAGAUUAACAAAGCAAACCAAAGUAAAGGGCUGUCAGGAGAGGAGGCUGUGCUGCCUGCAAGGCACCAAGACACUGGCUACCCAGAACUCUGCCCUCUGGGCUGCCAAAUCAAGGACUUGGGGCUUUCCUUUCACCCACGUGCACUCUCUGAUUCUAGUUUCUUCUCCAGAGACGUGUGCUGCUGCUGGGGAAGGCGAGCAGGGUGAGCUGGAGCUCUGGUAUCCCAGAGGGCCUCCCUGGCACAAGAGAGAGUGUGCUGUGGGAGGCAUCUCUGCUCCCUGAGAUUGUUCAUAAUGAUAAUGUUUUUUUCUCCCUCUAACUAUAUACCUCAGAGCAAAGAGAAUUUCAGCCUGAGGAAAAGGUUGAAUUG